AUGAUUCUCUCUAUGCUAGAAUGUCUGCAUCGCAAUAAUGGCGUGACAUAUGGAGAAGCUGCUUCUAAACCACUUCACGUUCAGCUUAAACGGUUCUCAGAAUUCGCAAGUUCAGCCACUACAGUGUUAAAAGCUUUGUACAAAGCGCGAAGUUCAAUGGAAACUGUUGAGCCCACUACUAGCCAAAGUUCAUUAUUAGACAGUCGUGCACAAGAUAGUUUGUUCGGGGAUUCAAUUCCUAUCCAACCAUCGUUACAGUUGAAUUCUCAAUCAAGUAUCUCUACAAUUUCAAAACCAAUAUCGAAUGCAACAAAUAGUAUCCCACCAACGAUUGACUUACCAAAGUCAAUUUGA